AUGUACGAAGGGAUUGACAACCUGAAAUCCCUUUACGACCGUGCCGGGAAGACUUUCUCCGGCGGUCCUUCUGCGGCACAGGAUGUGCCGCGUCGUACUGCUCAACCAGACCCAGUACGUCGAUCAUCAGUUGGGAGCGGGGCUCCCAAGAAUCCCAGGACGGGGGAUAGCCGCGCCACCGGACGAGAUAACUCGUCCGACGUCCGUUCACGUCGCGGUGGUUCAACAGCUGCUCAACUAGAUAGCGCUGGCCACCGCGAGAGUCCUCUAAUGGAGGUGGAGGAGGAGGAAAGACGACCUCCACACGAUCAUGUGGAUCGGUGUAUUCCUGAGAGCUUCUUUGAUCGCGUAACGCAAGGGUUACGCGACGAUCUCGAGCAUGAGCGGAAUAGGCGUCUCCAAAUGGUGGACACUGCCUUGAAGCAUCGAGCUGAGUUUGCCUUUGCUCAGCUCGAGAACGAGAGAUCUCUGACAUCUCUUCGUGACGAGCUAAGGGUAGCUCGUGGGAUUGUUGAUCGGUCUCGGGCUGAGAUAACUGCUCUUCAGACCCUUGUUGAUGCCCACCAUCGGGAGCGCAAGGCUCUUUGCGAGAUGCUUGAGCGCAAGGGCGUUCUUCAUCGGAAGAAGCAGCGUACUGAUGGUACGGCUUAA